UAGUUUCUCACACAGAUGCUGCUGCUGGGUCAGUGUUAUGCCGUCUAUUAAUAAAAACCGAGUCAAAAGAACCACAGCGAGGAGGAGAAGAAGAAGAAUAAGAAGGGGGAAAUCCACAUCACCACGUCUCCUUUUUUUCAACCCGCAGGGAUGAGCCAAAUAAUGUGACAAAACCCCGCUUCAACUUUAGAAAAAACGCCUUUUAUCCACCUUUUUAUUCGUCUUUUUUUGACAGGUGCCAUUGUCUCGUUAACCUCUCACACCACUGGCAGACAGUCAGUGACUGGACUCGGGACACUUUAUUGCGGUGAUUUGUCUGCACGGGCGGCUGCGGAUUGAUAAACACGAAUCGGAUCCCGCCGACAAGGACUCCCUCUGGUGCAUUGAUGCACCCGUUUCAGUGGUGUAACGAGUGCUUCUGUGGUCUGGGACUGGUUUAUUCCAACAAGUCGUGCACCAUGCCGCCCAUCACCUUCCAGGACCUGCCACUUAACAUCUACAUGGUCAUUUUUGGGACAGGCAUCUUUGUCUUCAUCCUGAGCCUUAUCUUCUGCUGUUACUUUAUCAGCAAACUACGACACCAAGCCCAGAGUGAGCGGUUUGGAUACAGAGAGGUGGUUUUAAAAGGAGAUCCAAAAAAGUUGAAUCUUCAUGGGCAGACGUGUGCCGUGUGUCUGGAGGACUUCAAAGUGAAAGACGAGCUGGGAGUGUUGCCAUGCCAACACGCCUUUCACAGAAAGUGUCUGGUAAAGUGGCUGGAGGUGCGCUGCGUCUGCCCCAUGUGCAACAAACCUAUAGCAGGUUCCCCUGAGCAGCACCACAGCAUAGGGACUCUUUUGGAUGAACUGGUGUAACCUCUCAGCUCCUGCCAGACUGGGUGGGAUGGCGGCGCCCGGGCUAGACCAGCUGAUAUAAAUUAGCAACCAACAGAAGAGGGACACGGUUGCUGUUACACCAUCGGGGUAACCUGGCCACCACCCCCAGAAAGGGUCUGAAGGAUGCUGUUGCAUAGCAACCAUCUCAGAGAUUGCAACACAUCACUGAGAUGGCGUCUGAGAGAUUAUGUCCAGCUGCCCACACAUCACUCCACCACAUCACUCCACCACUAUUCUUUCAAGAUCCCCCUCUUUACUUGCUCCAUCACAACUUCUUUUGUUGCCUCCAGUCAGGUUAAUGGCACCACUGAAGAAGAGUUUCAUUUUUCACGGCGUUGUGGACAAGUGAGUGUUGAAGGAUGACAGCAUUGGGCAGGAGGCACUGAUCACCCUCUUGAGUAUGUGUGAGUGUUAAUGUCACUGUGGUCACUGAUAUGAAAUUACAUCAAUAUUGGCUGAGGUUAUAAAAACUCUUGCUAAAUUCUUUCAAACAAGAAGUUUGAACACGAAGCCAGAGAGAAAAUGAUAUUUCCAAAUCCUCUCGCACAAGAAUGUGUUGACAGAAGCUACACUGCUAACAAAACAAUGAAUUAUUAGCGUUUAUAAAAAUAAAACAAGUAGAACAAGGGUUUAACAAAAAUAGAAAGAAACGUCCAGAAUGGAUUAAAUAAUACUAUGGUGAAGACACAGACAGGGUUGAUUAAAACAGCUUUCAAGGAAAUUAAAAACAUAAAAAAAGGUUUGUGCCUAAGAUUAUGAACUGAAGUCACAAUGACUAAAAAAAUGAUGUAAAAGGUGGAUUCAGGUGUCAUCAUUGGGACAUAAAUUGUUCAUAUUAGAAAAAACAGCUCAAGCUGUAGUCCACAUGUAGCAAAGUCAUCAGUAUUUACAUCAAGUCAAACCAAUUAAUUUUUUAAUGAUAUGCAAACCUGUUACUGAUGUGUAAAAUUCAUGUCGGUGCCCACCUCUACAGUGAUAUCAUGUGUCUUCUACGUGUAGUUUUUCCCACUGGGAUGUUUUAUUGUCCAGACAUGUUUUUUACUGUGUUAAUAUAGAUGAAAGCAACUGACGUGUCCUGCCUUCCACUGUAACAGUUAUUUGUUGUAAUAUGUUCAUGUUUUUAGAUACUGCACUUUAAAUUCACAUAAAAACAAAGCCUUUGUUCUUCUAAAAUGUUAGACUAAGGUUUGGAUGGAGCACUUGUUUUCAUGUGUGGUGAAUCUUUUAUAAAAGUCUGUGAAAUAUCUGACAUUUUGCUUUAUCUGAAGAGACGGGAAGCAGCAGUGCAGAGCCUUGUUGUUGUUCUAUGAAUUCAUCUGGGAAGCAAUGUAUAUCUCACUUUCAUACAUUUCUGUGGGAUUAUUGCUGAUGACUCUGCUUUUGCAUUCCUCAGUCAUAGUUUUUGUGUGUGUGUGAUUAACAGCUAUUCAGAAAGCGAAACACUGCCUAAAGUUGAGCACAAAACUCACAAAAGCACAUUGCCCAGAUACAUAAGUUCCCUGCACUGUAAUUAAACGCCAAACACCGACAUGUGAGGCUGUUGAAUUCACAUGAGUCUGCGUGCCAUGAAAAGAAAAAUAAGAUAAUGUGAUUUCUUUACUCUGAUUCUGGCCACAUUCCACAUUUUGUAAUCCAAACAGAUGUAAAUAACUUCAAACAAUAAUAAAUACAGUUGUCUGCUUUGUUCA